AGAGGGGGGGGUUGCAUCAACUCCGCACCCUUUGAUCUGAUGCCCAAUGCUUCCAUGUUUCCAGGUGUCACAUAUGCUGCAAAGGGCUACUUCGACGCUCUGGUGCGGAUGGGCGAGAUGGCCAGCGAAAGUCAAGGCUCUAAGGAUCUUGGGGAGGUGCUCUUCCAGAUGGCUGAAGUGCACAGACAGAUCCAGAUCCAGCUUGAAGAGAUGCUGAAAUCUUUCCACAACGAGCUGCUCACAGAGCUGGAGAAAAAGGUUGAGCUGGAUGCACGCUAUCUGAACGCUGCACUGAAGAAGUACCAGAUGGAGCACAAGGGCAAGGGUGAGAGUUUGGAGAAGUGCCAGGCAGAGCUGAAGAAACUGCGCCGGAAGAGCCAGGGCAGCAAGCACCCGUCCAAGUAUGGAGACAAGGAGAUGCAGUAUGUGGAGGCCAUCAGCAACAAGCAGAGCGAGUUGGACAACUACAUUGCUGAGGGCUACAAGAACGCUCUGUCCGAGGAGAGGAGGAGGUACUGCUUCCUGGUGGACCGUCAGUGUGCCGUGGCGAGGAACAGCAGUACCUACCAUGGCAAGGGGAAGGAGCUCUUAUCCCAGAAGAUCCCAGUGUGGCAGCAGGCCAGCACUGAGCCUAACAAGCUGCCCGAUCGGGCCAUGUUCCUGGCCCAGCAGAUGAGCUCUACAGCUGGUACCUUGCCUCCAGGAGCUCAUCAUCCAGGCAUGCCCAUUUCUGAGCCCAUCCCUGGGGCUAAACCUCUACCGGUGCCUCCAGAACUGGCAGCCCUGAGGGCCAGUGGGGGCCUGGGACAGCAGAGGCUGAUGGGGGGGCUGGAAGGAGGGAUGCCUCUGAUGAACGGCACCACAGGCGUCCACGGUGGAGAGGACUACCAGCAGUGGAUGGAGGCAAAGGUGGCCCAGGGCAAAACUUCAACACAGAGGCACGGAGCAGAGGUCUUCUCCAACACCCUGCCUGUGCGCAAAGUGGCCCCAGCCAAGAACAAGACAGCACUGAUGGAGACCCGGACUCUGCCCCGGUCCAGCUCCAUGGCAGCAGGACUGGAGAGAAACGGGAGAACUCGAGUUCAGGCCAUCUUCUCGCACGCUGCUGGUGACAACAGCACUCUGCUGAGCUUCGCUGAAGGCGACGUGAUAACCCUGCUGGUCCCAGAGGCCCGAGAUGGCUGGCACUAUGGAGAGAAUGAGAAGAACAGGAUGCGUGGCUGGUUCCCCUUCUCCUACACCAGAGUGAUCCCUGAAAAUGACCCACAUUCCAUGAGGCAACUUCGAGUACACAACCUCCAGCACGGGAAGAGCAGCAGCACAGGAAAUCUUCUGGAGAGAGAAGACAUGUCUCUGUCUGUCUCUGACUACGGCCUCCACUCCCGCAUGAUGGCACAGAGCGCUGCUGCGCUGCAUGGCAGACAACAACGCCCCUACAGCGUGGCGGUGCCAGGCUUCUCACAGCAAGGAGUUGAAGAAUACGAGCCACGCUUCCCUACAAGUUCCACAGAGGGCAAAUUGAUUUCCACAGUGUGAGGACAGACAGACAAUCAGACAGGCACAGACUCAGCGAGACGAUGCUGUGGGACAGGCUCGUCGCUGCCCUCUUGGCUGAACCUUUUCCUCAUCAUUACCCUCUCUUCCUCUUCCCCUUUACCUGCUGCUAACGGCAAUAACUCUCCCUGAGCCAAUCAAUGCAAGAAAGAGACUUGCUCUAUAUCUCCCUUCCCUCUUCGAGCUCCCUCCUUCCUCCUGAAACCUUUUCUGUGUCCACACCGGACCCUGCUGAAGCCUUGUUACGGAGCCAUGCUGAGCCAAACCACAACACCACGGACUCUGUGCCAUCUGCGUAUAAAUGUUAAAUGUGAUAGACAUUUUCUCUGCUUGUCUUUCAUGCAUGUUCUUUUAUAAAGCACUGGGGAUUAUAUUUCUCCACCAACUGGACCAGAUGUUCACAAACAUGCACGCCAUCAGAAUGACAACGUAACGGAUAUGUAAUCAGGAUGGUAUCAAUACUCUACUGGGUCUUUCAGUAUUUAACAAUAAUUGUACCUUUUCAUGCUGUGAGGUUUUGUAUUCCUCUGAAUGAGAGCCAAUGGAUCACGAGAUGUGAACAGCUACUGUAAAUGUUUUCAGUUCUGGCACAGAGACAAAGUCACACCAAUGUUUACUGUAAAUGUGUUUGUCCUACAGUAUAAACGAUGCACCUUAUGAAAGUAGUACUUCUUUAUCUGACUCUCCUGUUACACUAACUGUACUGUACUUCAAGAAUCAGCCUUCAUGCUCCAACCUCCUGAUGGAGCUCACAAACCAGAUCUUUGGGUUUCUAUACUGCAGUGUGAACAUCUUAGCAAGGCUGAAUGAGGUCGACUGUUCCUCUAUGACACGCA